GUGGCUGCUGGGAAGAAAGGUCAAGAAUCGAUGGCCGCGCCGAAUGCGAUUUUGCGGCCGUAUUAAGAAAGCGCGUCGCUUUGUCGGGCUGGUGAAGGACCCACACGGUUACUUUAGAGGAGAGCCGCGCUGGUUGCCCGUUACAGUGCGGGAAACGCUGAGCACGCUGCGGUUUGAUUUUCUGACUCUCGGGGAAACGCUGGCUGCCUAGCAGACACAUUGUUGUUGUUUGGGCUUUAUUCGUUGGACACAGGCACACGCUGCUUCACGAGGUCCACCCCCCGAUCUGAGGCCGGGGUCUGCGGCCUCAGUGAUGGUCUGCUGUCCGUCCCGGGAAGAUGGAUGAGAAAUCCAGUAGCAGCCACCACCACCACAGGCUUCUGAUCGUCCUGCUCAUGGUGCUGCUCUUUGGUGUCAUUAUGGUCCAAUAUGUGUGCCCGAGCAGAUCUGAAUGCCAGGCGCUACACCGGCUGGGAUCCUUGUUUAACAGCGACAAAGUGACUGGGUCCCGGGGCGGAGACAGCGAGCUCCAGGACGGGCUCCAGAAGGAUCCAUACAUUGCGGAAGACGGCGCUCUGGCCCGCUUUGUCCCUCGUUUUAACUUCACUAAAGAAGACUUAAAUCGCGUUGUAGACUUCAACAUCAAGGGGGACGAUGUUAUAGUGUUCCUGCACAUUCAAAAGACGGGGGGCACAACCUUUGGGCGACACCUGGUGCGUAAUAUCCAGCUAGAGAGACCCUGCGAGUGUCACGCAGGUCAGAAGAAAUGUACGUGUUUCCGUCCAGGUAAAAAGGAAACCUGGCUCUUCUCCCGUUUCUCCACCGGUUGGAGCUGCGGCCUCCACGCAGACUGGACUGAGCUGAUCAGCUGUGUCCCAUCACGCAUGGACUCCCGAGAGGCACCGAGGAGUCUACCCAGCAGGAACUACUAUUAUAUCACCAUCUUAAGAGACCCUGUAUCACGCUACUUGAGUGAGUGGCGACAUGUACAGCGCGGCGCUACAUGGAAGGCCUCCUUACAUGUGUGUGAUGGACGUUCACCAACGCUGUCAGAGUUGCCAAACUGCUAUUCAGGAGAUGACUGGUCGGGUUGCUCCCUGCAGGAAUUCAUGGACUGCCCCUACAACCUGGCCAACAACCGGCAGACCCGCAUGCUGGCUGAUCUCAGCCUGGUUGGCUGCUACAACGUGUCCACCAUGAGCGAGGAGGACCGAUGGGCUGUACUUCUGGAGAGCGCCAAACGCAACCUGCGGGGCAUGGCCUUCUUUGGACUGACCGAGUACCAGCGUAAGACCCAGUACCUGUUUGAGCGAACCUUCAACUUGGAGUUCAUUGCGCCCUUCACGCAGCUCAAUGGUACACGCGCCUCCAGCGUCGAGGUGCCUACCGAAACCCAGUGCAGAAUCCGCCAACUGAACCAAUGGGACGUAGAGCUGUACGAGUAUGCCCGCGACCUUUUCCUGCAGCGUUUCCAGGUGGCGAGGCAGCAGGAGCGCAGGCAGGCCAGGGAGAGGCGACAACAGGAGAGGAGGCGGCUCCGUGGUGGUCUCAGAACAAACCAAGGGAGGCAGCUGAAGCCCACAGAAACACCACAUCCCACCAACAGCCAUUCUGUUGUAACCGAGGAAUGGCGGAGAGAAAAGCAUGCUAAAGACAGUGUGGAGUCUGAAGUGCCACUCCCAGACUGGUGGGAUCUGGGUGAGAAUAGCACCAUAGAGGACUACAUAGACAAUGUGGAGCAGUGGUAGUGAUGGGGACAAGCGGUAGGGUGUCUUAAUACAAAGUGUGCCAACUUCUGCCUUGUCUGUCAUAUAUCCAAAUUAUUUUUUAGCAUAUGCCUUCACAUAUGUCCUUUCCUAUUGAAUGGUCUUAAAUGACAUAAUAUUAUAAUACUGAUUAUAUUUCUUUGCCAUAAGCACUCAAAGAAAGGCAAGCUAUAUCGGUUUCAGUCAUGACACUAACCUUUGACACUACAGUGAACGCAUCUGAGCUCCUGUAAUGUAGCUUGAAACAAAGGGUGGUUUUAUUUCUCUUUAUUAAAAAGGAACACUUUAAUAUGUUUUUCUAUUUAAAAAUCAAAACAAAACAAAACACUGUUACUUGUGAUUAUUAAUCUGUAUAUGUGCCAAAUCAUUGUCUUGUCUGCAAUUUGUACAUUUUGAAAUGUACUUGUCUCAAGUGUCUUUUUAAGUAACAGAAAAGGAGAAUGGAGUUUUUUUUUAGAUACCUCAGUGUGUAGCAUUAACUGCAAAUCUUGUAAAGUUAC